AAAGCUCUCUGUGAGGGAAAUAGAAGGGCAGUGCUGCUUUGUUGUGCCGAGCGUGCCCUGUGUGGAGUGCUGCUGGGUGUCAGGUGACUGGAUCACGCAGUCUCUCUGCAUUCAGAGGACUAUGUAGGGGGAGAGCAGCUGAGCUGCACCGUGAUACCAACAAGAAGCAGAUCUGCUGGGACAACUUUUCAUAGGAGGCAGGAAAAACACAGAGGCCUACGAAGAUGAGCCAGAGUCUGCACACGAAAAGCCAGCAGCAACAAGAGGAAGAGGAAGAUGACGAAGAGGAUGGUAUAGCAGGGGCAUCCAAUUAUGAGGAUGGAGACCCUUUCAUGGAAGGAGACUUUGGCAGUGAUGAAGAAGAGGUUUUAGAUUUCACUGAUCCUUUCAGCACAGAGGUGAAGCCAAGAAUACUUUUAAUGGGAUUACGAAGAAGUGGGAAAUCCUCCAUCCAAAAAGUAGUAUUUCAUAAGAUGUCCCCAAAUGAAACUCUUUUUCUGGAAAGUACGAACAAAAUUUGCCGGGAAGAUGUCUCCAACAGUUCCUUCGUAAACUUUCAAAUUUGGGAUUUUCCGGGCCAGAUUGACUUUUUUGAUCCAACAUUUGACUAUGAGAUGAUAUUUAGAGGAACAGGAGCACUGAUAUUCGUCAUUGACUCACAGGAUGAUUACAUGGAAGCUCUUGCUAGAUUACAUCUUACUGUGACCAGCGCAUACAAAGUAAAUCCUGACAUUAACUUUGAAGUUUUUAUCCACAAAGUAGAUGGCCUGUCAGAUGAUCACAAAAUAGAAACUCAAAGGGAUAUACAUCAGAGAGCAAACGAUGAUCUUACUGAUGCUGUACUUGAGAAAAUACACCUCAGCUUUUAUCUAACAAGUAUAUAUGACCAUUCGAUCUUCGAGGCUUUCAGCAAAGUUGUACAAAAACUAAUUCCACAACUUCCAACCUUAGAGAACUUGCUGAACAUAUUUAUAUCUAAUUCUGGAAUUGAGAAAGCAUUCCUGUUUGAUGUAGUGAGCAAAAUCUACAUAGCAACAGACAGUACUCCUGUGGAUAUGCAGACAUAUGAAUUGUGCUGUGACAUGAUUGAUGUAGUCAUUGAUAUCUCUUGUAUCUAUGGGUUAAAAGGAGCGGGCACACCAUACGAUAAAGAAUCACUGGCAAUUAUUAAAUUAAACAAUACUACAGUUUUAUAUUUAAAACAAGUUACAAAAUUCCUAGCCCUUGUAUGUUUCGUGAGAGAAGAGAGUUUUGAAAGAAAAGGUUUACUAGAUUACAAUUUCCAUUGCUUUCGUAAAGCAAUUCAGGAAGUGUUUGAGGUAAGGGUGAAAGUGCUCAGAUCUCGCAGACACCUAAGUCAAAUCCGGAAAAAUAGAAGAGCUGCCAAUGGCACCCCAGGAGUUCCUAUGUAGAGAUGAAGAAUUAUGAAAACCUUUUGUUGCAUCUGUUGGGAUUCGGUUAUUUUUCUGCAGAGCCAUGGCUAAAGGAUAAUUCUUAUCCAGUAGAUUCUUCAUCAGAGACUUUACAUAACUUGUGGACAAUCUUAGUAUAGUAGUAAUAAUUUAUCACACGCUCAGCACACCUUGCAGACUGCACCAUGCCGUCAUGUAGAAAAAGGGAAAUAUUAAAGGGUUAUUCCUAUCUCAUAAAGUGAUAGGAUAUGCCA